CAAAAUGGAUUGACAGACAGUCGAGCAGAAAACUUCAUUCAUGUUGGAGAUUUAUGUGCUUACUGCUGUUUUCUGACUCACAACAUAUGUAAAUUCAAAUAAACUUUUUGUGUCAUUUGAGUGUUUUGUAAGCCAACAUCCAUGAAGAAAUUUAUGAAAUAAAUUAAAUAUGAACGAGGACAGGCAAGCAAACAGUGAGAGGUUGAUGUCGCCUCGGAGUAUAGGCACAGGGCUUACAAGGAUAAAUUUAAGUUCUGGAAUAACUAAGGAUGCAAAACUUUUGAAACGGAGCGUUGGUCUAUCACGAGAUGGCGGUGGUCUAACAACGCCAAGUCGGGUUGUUAUUUCUGGGUCGUCCCUUGCUCCGAGACGUACACCGUCAGACAGAUACCAAAGUGCAUACCAGUCUGGAUUAAGUAGGCUCGGAGGCUCAAGAAAUGUCAGCGACCCUAAUUUCAGUAGUUCUUCAUUCGGGAAAUAUGAUAGGAGUAAGAAAUCACUUAAUGACACGGACAUCAAUCAAAAUACACUGAGUACACCUUUAAGGAGAAAUACCCCACUCAUUACAUCAAAAUUAAGAGGUGAUGCAGACUUGAGUAAUUUAAGCAAAAAUGUAUCUGUUGGUGUGGAUAUUAAAUCAACAGAUUCUGCAGUGAGAAAAUGUGGACUUCCUUAUGAAAGAGUGGAAGUAAAAAAGACCUUUGAUAAUGAAUCUGGCGUAAUUUCAAAAAGUGCUACUGAUAGUAAUGAAAGUUCUAAAAACGAAGGAUUUCAAACUAAAGGGCUUUCAAAUUUAUAUCCUGAGAAAGUUCAGAAGAAUGUAAAAGCAAACUGUGACAUUAACCUUGAAGACUUUGAAGAAGAUGCGAUAGAUGCUAAAGUGGUAACUUCAAGACAAUCUGGUGAUAGAUUUAAAAAAUCCUUUCAGGAUACCAUUGUUGAAGAGCAAAAGGAAGAAAAUCUAUAUACUUCUCCUAAAAAGGUUGUUGACAAUAAUGUGCUUUCAACUUCUGUAAAGCAAACUUUGAAAGUGGACCUAUCACUCAGAAUGUCAAGGCCACAGGAUAAGCAAGAUUCAAUCGAUAAGCAAGAAUCAAGGUUAAAGGACAAGCAGGGUUCUGUAUCACAGGAAAUGAAAGAUAGAAGGUCACAGGUAAAGCAGGGGUCAAGGUCAGUUGAAGGGCAAAAAACUCUGGACAUAACAAAAGAUUCUGUCCCACAGAGGCCUGCAAGAACUAAAAGUCUUUCCCGGAAACAGAGUGGCGACUUUGGUAAAACUGAGCUUCAAGUAUCGCCGAGAGGUGUUGGUAAUCUGGAAAAUACUGACCAUAAUAGUAACACUGUCCGUAAGUUGAUUAGUGCUACCUUACAUACUGCAAAUGAUAAGAUUUUUAGUGAUGAUACAGAAAAGGCUUCUGAAAAGGUUGAUGUAACACCAGUGCCAAAAGCAAGACUCAGAGUUCAUCGGAAACUGACAAAAAAAGAUGUUGGUUUUAAACAUGUGGAGGAAGAUGAAUACAUUGGGUUUGCCUCACUUCCGGAACAGGCGCACAGGAAAGCCCUGCGACGGGGGUUUAACUUCACUCUCAUGGUUGUUGGCGAGACAGGUCUCGGAAAGUCGACCCUGAUCAACUCUCUAUUCCUAAUGGACCUGUACAAAGACAGGGUAGUUGGAAACAUUGAGGAACGAAUAGAGAAGACAAUAGAGAUAGAGAGAAAAGAGUUGGAGAUUGAAGAGCGAGGUGUUAAACUGAAACUGACCAUUGUAGACACACCGGGAUUCAAUGAUGCCAUCAAUUCAAGUUGGAAGGAGGUAGUUGAGUAUUUGGAUUGUCAGUUUGAUGCCUACCUUCAGGCAGAGAGUGGCCUAAACAGAAAAAAUAUCCAAGACAGGCGAGUACACUGCUGUCUCUACUUCAUCCCGUCAUAUGGACAUGGGUUGAAGCAGUCGGAUGUUAUAAUCAUGAAGAAAAUGCAUCACAAGGUCAACAUUAUUCCACUGAUUGCCAAGGCAGACAUGCUUACACGUUCCGAGCUAAAGAAAAUGAAAGCUAGGAUUCUAAGUGACAUAGAGCGACACCAUAUUGAAAUCUACCAGUACCCAGAUUGUGACAGUGAUGAAGAUGAGGAGUUUAAACAGCAGGAUGCUGAACUAAAGAAUUCCAUUCCAUUUGCAGUCGUUGGCAGUAACACAGUGGUAGAGGCUGGAGGCAAGAAGAUCCGGGGUCGCAUGUAUCCCUGGGGUAUUGUGGAGGUGGAGAACCCUCUACAUUCAGACUUCUGCAAGUUGAGACAGAUGUUGAUUAGCACCCACAUGCAGGAUUUGAAGGAUGUGACGUGUGAUAUCCAUUAUGAGAAUUACAGAGCAGAACAGAUUUUGGAACUGAUGUCCUUGAGCCAAAGAGAACGAGCGAAGUUGAAGCGUGACUCAGUUGCCAACAUGGAGGUGAGCAUGGACACAGACAAACUGCUGCUGGAGAAGGAGGCUGAAAUCCAACGCAUGGAAGAGAUGCUAGUCCGAAUGCAGACCCAAAAGUCUCAAAAUAGUCCACGAAGUAACGGCGCCCUGACAAAAGUUUAACCUUACCUAGUGAGUCACCUCCUGGUAUCUCAGCUAACUUUGUUUCUAAGGCUAUGGAGCACUACUACACCCAAUGGAUUCAAUGGCAAUAUAUAUGAGUUAAUAAGAUUUCUCUGUGAGAUAUUAGUAUCUGUUCGCUAAUUUACAUGGCAACAUAUAUUGUCCAGUGCUGUGUCAUUGCUUGACUGUGAAAAACAGACAUACCGUAGGUGCUGCUGCGGAAAACUGGGAGAUAUACUUUUUGAAUUUGUAGCCACAAACGUCUGUGUUCUGAAACUUAACGGGAUUUGCAUCGUAAAGAUGAAUGAACUCUUUCCAUGAUUGGAAAUCUUCCAGGAAAUGUUGUGCUGUUUUGACGGAGUGCAAUAUAUGCAACUUUUGAAAUUAUUAUAGAAAUAUUUACCCAGAAGCAUUACUGCAGUGAAUACUACUUCAUGUAUAUGCUUUCAACUUGUGUAUGACUUGUAUUGGCAUAAUUAGGUAAUCCAUUUUAGAUUACGAGUCAUUCUUUUCUUAAAGGCAGUACAUUUCAAAUCAUGUGUAUUGUUUGGCUCAUUGUUCUUCCAAUGAGCGAUAAAUACUCUACCAAUCAUUGCUGUAUAUGGCUAGGCACAUCUUUUAUUCUUGAUUAAUGCCUUCUUAAAUUUGCUAAUGAUUUUCUCUUGAAGUGAAGAUUUUAACAUAAUCAAAAUCAUUUACUUUAGGUUAUAACCUACAUUUCCAGCCAAUAAAAUAAUCUAUCUGCAUUCUUAAUCCUUUUACUACCGUAUUUGUUUUUCUUAGUCAUUAAGAUUUUAUAUAAUAAGUUUUAAGAGAUAAGCCAUUUAAAAACAUUAUCCAUCCCAGGGGCUGUAUUCAUAAAUUAUCUUUAGUUUUUUCUUGACUUAUGUCAAUUUCUUAAACUUUUCAUUGUCAAAUUAAAAGAAAUGUUAAAACAAAUAAACAUUUAAGUAUGUUUUUUUCAUUAAGGAUGAUGAAAUGACAUAUUUCAGAAAUUAAAAAGUUUUUGUCUCAUGGGACCAGUGAGAUAGUUAAAUAAGGGAAGUGAGUUAAGGUAGGCAAUGUAUUGAGAAACUCAGGGAGGCAAAAUAAAGAAAAUUCUGUGGAGGCUCCUAUUCAUUUUUUUGGUUACAAAAUUGAAAUCAAACUUUGAAAGGGAGUCAAUCUAAUUUGAACGUGCUUUCUUGCUGUGGGUUGAACGUUUUAAUGGAAAAGCUCAAACUAUUCUGAAGAUGUUCAUCACACAUCCAAUUUUGUGGGACCAUUUAUUAUCAUACUAAAGUGUUUAUUGACGUUUACGUUAUUUCAACAUGAAAUGCUCUGUACAUUAAAAUACGGAAAAAAAACAAUUGUGAAUAUUUAAUUUAUUUUAAACCAAUUUGGGAACUUAUUGUGAGCAAAAUACAAAAACCAUAGUAUUCCAAGGUUUUUAUGAUGAAACUGUUUGGUCAUUUUUCAGUUAAACUUGCAUUGAUUAUUAUGCCCCCCUUCGAAGAAGAGGGGUAUAUUGCUUUGCACAGGCAUGUCGGUAUGUCGGUCGGUCGGUUGGUCCGUCGGUAGACCAAAGCUUGUCCGAGUGAUAACUCAACAAUUCCUGGACGUAUGGUCAUCAAACUUCACAUAAAGGUUGGGCCUGACCAGUAGAUGACCCCUAUUGAUUUUGGGGGUCAUCGGGUCAAAGGUCAAGGUCACAGUGACCUUUAAUGGUAAAAUAAUUUUAAAGCUUGUCCGAGUAAUAAUUCAACAAUGCCUGCACCCAUGGCCCUCAAACUUGACAUGGAGGUUGGGCCUGAACAGUAGAUGACCCCUAUUGUUUUUGGGGGUCAUCAGGCCAAAGGUCAAGGUCACAGUGACCUUUAAUGGUAAAAGGUCGUCCGAGUGAUAACUUGACAAUGCCUGCACCCAUGGCCCUCAAACUUGACUUGGAGGUUGGGCCUGACCAGUAGCUGACCCCUAUUGUUUUUGGGGCUCAUCGGGUCAAAGGUCAAGUUCACAGUGACCUUGAAUGGUAAAAGGUUGUCCGAGUGAUAACUCAACAAUGCCGGCACCCAUGGCCCUCAUUAUUAAAAUGGAGGUUGGGCCUGACCAGUAGAUGAUCCCUAUUGUUUUUGGGGGUCAUUGGGCCAAAGGUCAAGGUCACAGUGACCUUGAAUAGUAAAAGGUUGUCCGAGUGAUAACUCAACAAUGCCGGCACCCAUGGCCCUCAUAAUUGAAUUGGAGGUUGGGCCUGACCAGUAGAUGACCCCUAUUGUUUUUGAGGGUCAUCGGGCCAAAGGUCAAGGUCACAGUGACCUUGAAUGAUAAAAGGUUGUCCGAGUGAUAAUUCGACAAUGCCUGCACCCAUGGCCCUCAUAAUUGAAUUGGAGGUUGGGACUGACCAGCAGAAGACCCCUAUUGUUUUUGGGGGUCAUCGGGCCAAAGGUCAAGGUCACAGUCACCUUGAAUGGUUAAUGGUUUUCCAUGUGAUAACUUGACAAUGCCUACACCCAUGGCCCUCAAACUUGACUUUGAGGUUGGGCCUGACCAGUAGAUGACCCCUAUUGUUUUUGGGGCUCAUCGGGUCAAAGGUCAAGUUCACAGUGACCUUGAAUGGUAAAAGGUUGUCCGAGUGAUAACUCAACAAUGCCGGCACCCAUGGCCCUCAUUAUUAAAAUGGAGGUUGGGCCUGACCAGUAGAUGACCCCUAUUGUUUUUGGGGGUCAUUGGGCCAAAGGUCAAGGUCACAGUGACCUUGAAUGGUAAAAGGUUGUCCGAGUGAUAACUCAACAAUGCCGGCACCCAUGGCCCUCAUAAUUGAAUUGGAGGUUGGGCCUGACCAGUAGAUGACCCCUAUUGUUUUUGGGGGUCAUCGGGUCAAGGUCACAGUGACCUUGAAUAGUAAAAGGUUGUCCGAGUGAUAAUUCGACAAUGCCUGCACCCAUGGCCCUCAUAAUUGAAUUGGAGGUUGGGACUGACCAGCAGAAGACCCCUAUUGUUUUUGGGGGUCAUCGGGCCAAAGGUCAAGGUCACAGUCACCUUGAAUGGUUAAUGGUUUUCCAUGUGAUAACUUGACAAUGCCUACACCCAUGGCCCUCAAACUUGACUUUGAGGUUGGGCCUGACCAGUAGAUGACCCCUAUUGUUUUUGGGGGUCAUCGGGCCAAAGGUCAAGGUCACAGUGACCUUGAAUGGUAAAAGGUUGUCCGUGUCAUUACUCGACAAUGCCUGCAUCCACGGCCAUCAAACUUGAAUUGGAGGUUGGGCCUGACAAGUAGAUGGCCCCUAUUGAGUUUAGGGGUCAUUGGGCCAAAGGUCAAGGUAACAGUGACUUCGAACGAUAAAAGGUUGCCCAAGUGAUAACUCAACAAUGCCUGCACCCAUGGCCCUUAAACUUGACUUGGAGGUUGGGCCUGACCAGUAGAUGACCCCUAUUGAUUUAAGGGGUCAGAGGUCAAGGUCACAGUGACCUUGAAAGCAAACUUGACAAUUCCUGGACCUAUGGUCAUCAAACUUGACAUGAAGGUCGGGCCUGACCAGUAGAUGACCCCUCUUGUCUUUGGGGGUCAUCAGGCCAUGGUCAAGGUCACAGUAACCUUUAACGCAAAAAAGUUAACAAAUCUUCUCCCAGUGAUAUCUCAACAAUGCCUGAAUCUAUGAUCAUCAAACUUGACAUAUAAGUUGGGCCUGACCAGGAGAUGACCCUUAUUGAUUUUAGGAGUCAUUGGGUCAAAGGUCAGGUUCACAGUGACCUUAUAUGCGAAAAUGUUUCAAGUGAUAAUUUGACAAUGCCUGCACCCAUGGCCCUCAAACUUGACUUGGAGUUGUGUCUGACCUGUAGAUGACCCCUUAUGAUUUAAGGGGUCAUUGGAUCAAAGGUCAAGGUUACAGUGACCUUGAACGAAAAAUGCUUGUCUGUGUGAUAACUUGUCAAUGCCUGCACCCAUGUCCCUCAAACUUAACAUUUAGAUUUUUGGUGACCAGCUGAUGACUACUAUGGAUUUUGAGGUCAAAGGUCAUGGUCAUAACACACUCUAUCCUCAAACUUUGAAUGGUCAUAAUCUUAAAACUGCCUCAACGGCAUACAAUGUUAGCGACAAAUCAGCUGUCAUUUCGGCCCGUGGAUAUUUCAUUCAAUUGUCCAUAUAAUCCUGACAACAUGGC